UGGAAUGUUCUGCUCACUCACUUACAUGCCCCUCUCAUAACAGCAAAUCCAAAGCUGUAAUGUGGUUCCCGUGAUAUGAGAGGGAAAUCUGAAGUAAGAGAGUGAAAUGCAUUUAAAGUGCAGGGAAUAAGAAUAUAAGACACUAAGUCCCUUCAUCUUCUUACACUUUAUAGGGGUUUUUAACUCCAUGUAACACACACGACUCUCAGAUUUAUUAUCAUGUGCCCCUGUGUAUAUUCUUCUCUAAUACUUGUCUUUUCCUUUUAAUUUAAUAUCCAGGCCGACAUCUGGUCUCUGGGGAUUGCGGCCAUCUAUAUGGCUGAAGGGCAUCUCCCGUUCUGCAAACUUCCCAGAGCAAAACUGAUCAGGCGCGUCAUUCACGGUCCCGCGCCAACAUCAUCACGGGACAAAUGGAGUAACAACUUCCAUUCCUUUGUGAGUGAGUGCCUGCAGAAGAGUGCGGAGAGACGGCCAACUGCGAGGCAGCUUCUUGCGCACCCCUUCAUCUCAGAGCUCUGGGAUGAAAGGGGUGUAAAGAGGAGCCUCAUGAGACAUCUGCAGUGAGGUAGGGGAACCCCUCAUUCUCAUUAUAGUUCCCUUGAUGUAUAGACUAUAACCAACUACUGCUAUUAUUUAUAUAAUAUUCUCUGGCUUUCCCACAUACACAAUCAUUCUGUAACUAAAGCCGCCAGUAAGGCUUAGAUUGUAUUAGGGCAGAGGUAACUAAACUAAGCCAAAUCUAGGGAACAGUCAAACAAGCUGUGAUGGGAGAACAUGGUAUUAUUAAAUAGUUGUAGUUGGCCUUUAAAUUAGCAUGUAAUAGAGCAUGAAAUGGCAAAAAUUGUAAAUGCAAAUAAUAAAAAUGAACAAAUUGCAGAAUUAUUACAAACAGCUACUCCAUGGCUAACACUGAGCUAUCUUUCCUUAGGCCUGACUCCACGAAGCCAUGAAACAACUUGACUGCCAACGGGGGAGGGACGGGGGCACAUACAGGGGUCCUAAAUACCAUCUUUGGACCCCUGCAUAACAUCUUGGUCCCGUUGGCAGCCCUUUGUGUUGGCUUCUUGAUGAACAACUGCAUCUUCUGACAAAUGCAUCUGAGAAACAGCGGCUCUAGAAGAUCGACGUAAGUAUGGCAUUUAUUGUCAUGUUUUAUUCUUUGUUUAUUCUUUGUACAUUUUCAAAGAAGAAUGUAUUUAUGGCAUAAAUGCUUUGCUUAUUGUAUAUUAAUCUUUCCUUAGGCCUGAAUCCACGAAUCCAUAAAACAACUUGGCUGCCAACGGGGGAGGGACGGGGGCACAAACAGGGGUCCUAAAUACCAUCUUUGGACCCCUGCAUAACAUCUUGGUCCCGUUGGCAGCCCUUUGUGUUGGCUUCUUGAUGAACAACUGCAUCUUCUAACAAAUGCAUCUGAGAAGAAGAAUAUAUUAUUAUUUUUUUUUAACAAUUCUUUUAUUGAGUUUAAAUGUACAUAGUUUGCUUUAUAUUGUUUCAUUGUCAAUUGCUUGUUGUACAGAAAGAAAGUAAAUAAAGUAUAUUAACAACAUAACCAUAA